AUGGCGCCGAAAAGCAAGACAUCGUUUGACGAGGUUCGGACAUUUUUGGGGUUCGCAUGCCUGGGGCUGGCCAACACCAUCCUCCCGGCCAUUAUAUACGCCGCGAACUACCUCAUCAUCCCGUACCCCCGCGCCGUUGUCACGCUCAUCGAGCUUCUGCCCUGUGUCGCGGUGAAGCUGUCGCUCUCCUUCGUCAUCCACCGCAUACCAUGCCGCAUACGGCCUCUCGUCGUCGCCGCAUGCUGGCUCGUUGCCAAAAAGGUCGCCGAUGACACGCCGCCGAAUGUGCUGCCGCCGGUGCGAAUUGCCAUGUCGGUGCUAGCGUCCGUGUCGGCAUCCGUGAUGGAGGUGUCCUGUCUCGGGAUGGUCGGGCAUUCCGGCCUGCACGCGCUUGCGGGGUGGGGCUUCGGGACCGGCGCCGGCCUGGUCAGCAACGCCGUGUGGCCGUUUGUCCUGGCGCACAAGGCGGGCAAGGUCCUGAGAAGCGCGACAGGCGGGGUUUCAUAUCUCGUUGCUCUGUUGGUGUUUGCGCACUUUGCGAUCUUGCCGCAAAACCUGACAAAAUGGGCUGGUAGACAGGAUAGGGAUCGCGAAGAGAGGCAAUCGUGUUUGGAAGCCGGUCAGCAUAGGCGAAGGUCUGGUUCGAUUUCCAUUAGGGCUAGAGUGCAGAUUCUUCAUGGCCUGGCGAGUUCGAAUAUGCUGCCACUCUUCGCAGUGUCUUUGUUACUUUUUCUGCAGCAGGGGGUCACGAGGACACUGGACGGAUCUGUCUUUGGGACCUUUUCCCGUUUUGCGGCGACUUACGGCGUGUCCCUCCACCUCGGGACGUUGUUGGCUCGGUCUUCGGUCGCCUUUUACCCUCUUCGAAAUUUCAGGGCACCUCUGGCUGUUUUGACUGCGGUAUCCAUACUCGCCUUCCUCAACGCCGUCUUUCUUGUGUCGACGAAUCUUUCGUUCGCACUAGCAUUUGCGGCGGGGCUGUCGAGCGGGCUGGUGUACAUCAAUGUUUUGGUGAGAAUUGUGGAAGAGACUCGAGACGCCAACGACAGAGAGUUCAGUAUGGGCGUCGUCACUGCUGGCGAUGCGGGAGGUAUGGUCGUGGGGGGUCUACUCGGGGCUUUCCUGGAACUCGAAAUGUGCAGUCAUCUCUUGAGCGGGAGGCGGUGGUGUCACAGGGCGAAGUGA